AUGUCUUCACACUCCAGUAGGAAGGGUGCACAGUCCCAUCGUCAGAGACUCGAGAGGCUGGAUGCCCAUUGGCAUAUGCAAAUGCCCGAACUCGUGGAGUCGUACUUACAAUGGAAACAUGGACCCAUGGAUCCAGUCCUACCCAAACACUCACAAAACCAUCAUGAAUUCCAUGUCACUGCAGUUCAAAUCUUUGAUCAUGAACUUGCUACCAUUCAUCAACGCCCCAAUGAGCCGGCCAAUGUAUCACUACUCAGAAAUGGACUCCUUGGCUGCUCGCCUGUUGAGCCUUCAGUCAAUUACCACGCAUGUUACAGGGACCAAUUUUCAAUUGCCUUUGAUGCCUUCCUUUCAAUCCUUCGCCACGUGUGGCAGAGGUUAGAUCAUGUACUCAGGCGUGAUGACCUGAACUGGAGAGUUAGCCACAUGUGCCCUUGCUACACCUACAAGCUCCAAGAUGAUCCCUCACUGGCUCUUAAUAUUCUUGUGGCCCAGGAUGGCAACAAUUCGCUGAAGCAAGUAGCAAGUGUUGCAAAUGCCGAUAACUGCCAGUUUCAUAGUUCAUACUUUCUCUCAUGCCAUGAUGUUGAUGUGUUCAAAAAUGAAGUCAAGCAUCGUCAACAUGCACCAGCGGAUGAUUCGGGGGAUACUACAACGCAGGGACUCCUUAGCUUGUGCCUGCAAUGGAAAAGCAGUUCACCCAAACACCAAAAGACAGUGCUUGAUAUCUAUGAAACAACUGGCAUCUUCACAUCAGCAUGCCGGCAUGGAUCCAUCAUCAAAGUGUGUGAGAUGGUGAGAAGCGGUGAACUGUAA